CCCCCACGGCCACCACCUCCACUGCCACAGCCACCACUGCGGCCACCUCUACAGCCACCACUGCCACAGCCCCCACGGCCACAGCCCCCACGGCCACCACCUCCACGGCCACCACCUCCACUGCCACAGCCACCACUGUAGCCACCUCUACAGCCCCCACGGCCACAGGCCACCACCUCCACUGCCACAGCCACCACUGUGGCCACCUCUACAGCCCCCACGCUCCCACUGCCACAGCCCCCACGGUCACCACCUCCACUGCCACAGCCACCACUCCCACCUCUACAGCUCCCAUUGCCACCAUAUCCACUGCCACAGCCACCACUGCCACCGCAUCCACUGCCAUAGCCCCCAGUGCCACCUCUACAGCUCCCACUGCCACCACCUCCACUGCCACAGCCCCCAGUGCCACCACCUCCACUGCCACAGCCCCCAUUGGCACCACCUCUACUGCCACAGCCCCCACUGCCACAGCCACCACUGUGGCCACCUCUACAGCUCCCACUGCCACCACCUCCACUGCCACAGCUGCCACCACCUCCACUGCCACAGGCCCCACUGCCAUCACAUCCACUGCCACAGCCCCCACUCCCACCUCUACAGCUCCCACUGCCACAGCCCCCACAGCCACUAUCUCCACUGCCACAGCCCCCACUGCCAGCGCAUCCACUGCUACAGUCACCACUGUGGCCACCUCUACAGCUCCCACUGCCACCACUUCCACUGCCACAG